CAAUGGCGGAUAUAAUCUGGCGCGUGCGUGAGGCGUGCCAAAGAACAAAGAAGCAUGCCAAAGAACGAGUGUCGCGAGCACUUUCAGAUCGCGUGUUCUUCAUUCGACUCUACGCUUUGGCCAGAUGCUUCGCAACAUGAAGGCCUCUUCUCUUCUGACCCGAGACCGCACCGCCAGCGCCCCGACUGCCCCAUUGGAUACAGCGCUUGUUUUCGGACACGGCACUUUCCAACGGCUGGCACUGCUGUGCGCCGCGCUUUCCAUCUUCAUCGCAGUAAGCAACGGUUUCGCCGCCGUGGUAUUCGCACGGCCCGUGGAACACUGGUGCAGACCACCGCCGGAGCUUGCUUUCAUGCAGACCGACGUCUGGAAGAACCAGAGUAUCCCCGUGGAACCGGACGGCACGUUCAGCAAAUGCACCCGCUACGAGCCUCUACUGGACGCGGGAAAUGCCACGGAGAACCGGACCGUGGUCUUCUGCGACGAGUGGGACUACGACCUGGCGACCGCGGGGAAGUCCAUCGUCAGCGAGUGGAACCUGGUUUGCCACAGACGCCGGCUCCUUUUGCUCCAUUCGCUCGUAUACUACGGAGGAGCCAUCGCCGGGAGCGUGAUCGGGUGCUUCGGGGACAGCCUUGGCCGCAAACCUGUCUUCAUGGUCGCGCUGUUACUUAAAGUCGCCUCCGGCACGGCCACAAUCUUCUCCAACACGGUUCUUACAUUUAUCAUCUUGCGCUUUCUUACAUCGGUGGCAUCUCUGACGGUUAUGAGCAUGGGGUCCGUUUUGCUGUUCGAGGUAACAAUGACAACACAUCGCGUCGUCUUCUGCGCCUUUGCCGCCUCAUGCACAUCUGCAGCGCUGCCACUGUUCCAUUUCCUCUUACUGGCGGUAGGUAAACACUGGAGGGUUGCUCAGACGGUACUUAUGGUGCCGACAUGCAUCCUCCUGUUCGCCUCCUACGCCAAUGAAGAGUCUCCGUGUUGGCUGCUGGGAUUGGGCGACGUCGAACGCACCGAGCGCGCCGUGAUAUCGGCUGCCAGGGUCAAUGGCUAUCCCCUGGACGACGUGCAGGCCAAGAUGAAUAAGAUCAAGUACGAGACAUUGCGGAGGGGCAACACGCAAACGAGCGUUCAACAAUCGAGCCCCCUUGACCUUGUGCUGAACAGCUCUCUGCGUUUUCGCUCCGUCAUCCUUUUUUCCUGUACGCUCAUGACGACUCUUCACUACUACGACACCUAUUUUGACAAGACCUUAGUAGAAAACCGGACGGGGCACAUAACCCUAAUGGUUGCGCGGCUACCUGUCUCCGCAGCUUUCUUGUAUGUCCUGCACUACAUGAGCCGGCGCAAGAUACUUUGCAUCACCAUGUUACACUUGUCGCUUGUGCUGGGCUUUCAGGCUUGGCUAGUUUGGCAAAAGGACAACAGCAUCCAGCUCAUUGUCACAAUUAUCAUUAAGGGAAUUGUUCUGGACAUGAUUUCAAUGGCGAUGUUCGUGUAUUUGUUAGAGAUAUUUCCCACCGUGCUACGAGGCACGAGCUUUUCUUUAGGCUGCAUGUUCGGUAGGACCGGAGCCGUGCUAUUGCUCUUGAUCAGGGGGCCCAACCCGCCAAUUAAUCGAGCUCUCGCCAUGGCGGUAAGCGCGGUGAUAUUUACUCUGAUCGGUUUAGCUUUCCUUGCUUUACCCGAAACGCGGAAGGUCAUGGCCACCAACACCAUUCGCGAGACAGAACUUGAGGACAUGUGGCAGGUGCCAGCCAGAGAAGACUUUACGCGUCUCAGAUCUUUUUCGUCGCAUCCAAAUGUUUCUAAGAAAUCGUAGACGCAAUUUGUUUUAUUAAAGCUGCUUUAUAUGAUGGAGCGCUUUAUAAAAGAAAAACGUGCA